GAGUAGAGGAGAAAGAGCACGCCUGCGCGGAAUCCCCGGGCGGGCGCGGGCAGUGCCACUGGAGGCCCGGCGGUUUCAGAGCUUCGCCCGGGACGACGAACCGCAGACGACCCGUACGCAAAACUCGGUCGUAGUUAGCCGUGUUUGAAGGAUCGGUCGGAAAAGGGGCCAUAUCACGCGACGACGUAUAAGCCCCCGUAGUGACAGCCUCGCGUAUACGACGUCGCGUUUCGGUUGUCCGCCGUCGAGAGGAAACGUGCUACAACCUUUGAACACACACGUUGAGGAAAACGUACCACAUCGCCUCGAGCAAACACGACACGGUGUAUAAAGAGGUACAUCGUUCAGGAUUGGCGUGCCUAAUCGACGACUAAUUGGGAGAUAAUAUGUGAUUAGUGCGACACCGAUACCACGGUGGUGUAUCCGUAUAAGAGGCAUUGUGCGUGACAAACGAAAGAGAAAAAAAAACGUCGAGGGUGAUAAAGAAUCGUACUAUGCACGAGGUCUGGUAGCAUCGAGUCAAGGAGGAUGAACAGAGUGAUGACGGAGGGUUAGGAGUGAGAGGGUACACCGAUCUUUGGUGUGCUGGUUGUUUUGAGAUGUCAGUGGACCCGUCGAAGGCAACUGCGUCGUCGUUCUCGUCGUCGUCGUCGUCGUCGUCACUGUCUUCGUCAUCAUGAGGAGAUCCUCUUACGUGAAUUACUACGUCCUGUGCCUCAUGUGCUGGAUUCUCCUAGGCAUCACCGGGGUGAGCACAAGAUCCCAUUCGUUAGUGAAGAGGUUCGACGGGAUUUACACGGGGCCGUACUUCGAUUCAAACACCCCCACGAACAUCACGGCUCAACUGGGAAGUCAUGCUUACUUGCCGUGCAAAGUGCGUCAGCUUGGUAAUAAAUCGGUAUCGUGGAUCAGAAGAAGGGACUCGCAUAUCCUCUCGGUAGAUAGAACAAUGUUUAUCCCGGACGAAAGGUUCCAGGCGCUUUUCGUAGACGCGUCGGACACCUGGACCCUGCAGGUUAAGUACGUGCAGGCACGUGACGAAGGCGAGUACGAGUGCCAAAUCUCGACCGAUCCGAAGAAGAGUCACAUCAUCAAGCUCAACAUCGUCGUGCCAAAGAUCGAAAUCAUAGGCGAUCGUGACAUGUACGUCAAGACCGGAAGCACAGUUGCCAUACGGUGCGUGAUCAAGCAGUCCCUUGAGGGUCCUUUCUACGUUUUCUGGUACCACGAGGGUGAUCGCGUUCUGGAUUACCAAUUAAACAAAAUCGACAUCCAGACGAAGAGAAUCGAUCACGACACGGUCAGCAGUCUCGUGAUCCAUAAAGCGAGGCGGGAAGACUCGGGCAAUUACACCUGCAGUCCGAGUAGUUUGGACAGCGCGAGCGUGCAGCUUCACGUGUUAAAUGGCGAGCAUCCUGCCGCGAUUCAAAGAGGGAUCAGCUCGGCACCGGGUGGCUGUCCGACGCUAUGGUGGCUGGCAGGCGUCGUGACGCUGUAUUCGAGUCACGGCAGUCGCCUAUUCGUCCUCGCUCUUUUGAUCCUCAUGGUCCUUUAUUCGAAGAAUCCAUCUUACUUCGCGCCGGAACGAUAAUCAGAAACGAUAUGAGAGGACUAUGUCGAAAAAUGAUCGAUUAUCUCCUGCUACGAGACCUGGAAGGCGCCUCGAGGAACGUUCCAGCGACAAGAGACGAGAGAAAGUGUACGUGCGAGGCUUCUUCGGAAAGACUUCGUGACCCGAUGAACGAUGGAAGGAGAAAAGUUGGUCGAAGCACGCGAGCAACCGCGAGAAGAGAACCACGACGAGAAAAUAGCACAAACGAUUCGACGUAAUAACCUACGUCAUUUUGGCAAGCUGCUGUAUCGUUUUACUUUCGAAGAGACAUGGAAGCCAAAGGAGAUCUUAAAAUUCUCAGUCAGCUAGUAAAAUAGUCGAUUUUUAUCGUCGUUCGCACAUAACUGACAGGUUUCCUUUCUCUAAGCGAUUAACCAACAAAUGAUCGUACAGCGAAAACUACUGUGUUUCGAGGGAGAAAUCUUCACAACGAAGGAUCGAGUCCGCUUUCCGAACGACUCGAUCGUGAUCACGGUCGUGCGCGAUCGAGGCAUCCGUGAACGUGACAAUCGUCGAUCACGGGUGUCCCAACGAUGAUUUUACUCUGUGUACGAGGGAAGCUCGAAGGUGUAAGGGCGAGAAGGAACGCGUUUAGCAUGUCGAGAUAGUAUGAUCCGGCCGUUAGCAAUUAGAGGUUAAUUAAUCUCGGGGGAGUACCCGUGAAUUCGACGCGAGUUCGUCACGCGGUCGAAAAGUGGUUACUUGGUCGCGGUAGGAAAACGAACGACACGAAGCUUGCGAAUUACCCUUCCUCUCCUUCAAAAGCGGGACGAGAAGACGAAUUUUUUAUAGGAAUUAUAUAUAAAUACACGAUCUUCCAAGUAUUUCAAACACGCGCGAUAUAGAAACCUUUUAUACCCUCAAGUUUUACGCAACUCUAUAGUUCUAAACAAUCAUUCUAACUAAUCGCUAAACAUCAUACGUGAUCAUUGUACAUAUUUGCCUAAACGAAAUGCCAUCGUGAGAAUGGAUCGUGUAAAACCCCCCUGUAGCUGAAAAUAAACGACGACUAAGACGUAAGUUUGAGAGACGAGUUUCACCCUUCUUAUUCAUUAUCCGUCAUUGUCAGAGGUGUUUCGCGAUCUUCGUGUCAUUCUCGCGGGAAGCCAAACAGUAACGAAGUCUUCGUGAUCGAUCGCGAGAUUCUGUCGGGAGGGUUUCGUAGUUUCUUUCACAUCGAGAUUAACUCGACGACGAACGAGUGUGACUUUGCCAGAAAUAAAAGGGAAAUGAGGUUGGAUAUAGAUCGACGGGAUGGGGUUGGGAGAAAGGGGGAGGGACGGUAACAAAAAAGUAAAAUACGCGCAAGGUAAUCGUAGAAUCCCGACAGAGAACUUCGUCCGCGCCGCUCGAUAGAAUUGAAACUUGUUCGAUGAAAUUUUUAAAAGCGAUGUGAUUAAUUAUAUUCGACUAGAGAGACGAUUAGCGAAAUGUGUCUAUACUCGACCGUGUACCGCAUGCACUCGGGAUCGUCUCGAGAGAAAGAGAUGCAUCUCGACGAUCGUCUCCGAUAGACGGUCCGUCGAAAUCGUCCGACAGCAUGAGGUACGAAUAAUUUCCUCGUUUUUCCUAAUCCUUUUUCUAAGCUACGAGGAUGUUUCACGGCCAUUCUAUACAUCGAACAAGAAGCGUAAUUAAUAAGAAUAUGGAAGCUCCUCUAUGUAUCUCGAAACGCAAUAGAGUAACGUUACGAUUGCCAAUUAUCAGUCGAAAUUAAAUGAGAUUUGCAGAAGCUGAAAAAUGAUAAAGAAUUGCAGUAUUAGAAUUUUUGAAGUGUAAUUACGCUUGUUUAUUUAUCUCUCAAGUCGAUGUCGAUUCUUCGAAAGAUCAAACGAAUAGGAAUUGUUUAAUUUUAAAAACUGCUUGUGAUUCUAUAUCGUAACUUUAUAUGUAUUUUACUUAAACACGUAAAGUUAAGAUCAUUUUCACUAAUUGAGAAGAACCCAUUAAUUGAAUUAAGAAGCCAUUUAUAUCAUACAACGAGAUCGACUCUUCUUUCUCAUAGUUCCUGAAUAUUUUUACACGAACCUAAAAUCGUUUGAUGUUUGAUGACUGAAAAGGUAACUCUUGUCCUUGUUAUAUUUAUCGAUUCCACGACGAAAAAUAUCACUGCCUGAAUUAUUCAAAAGUGUUCUAUUUCAAAAUACGUUCAGCGAGAUUGAUUCUAUAAAUAAUAUCGCUGGCCGUUUUUCUCAAAGAAAACCGAAUAAAAAGAGAGGACGUAAAUGGAACGUACCGAUUGCUUCGAGACGAUCCACGGUGACAAAUUUUGGUACUUGAAGCGCAUUGAGUAUAAACACAAGCCAAUAAAAAAGUGUUAUAUAUCCGUGCAUGCGUGUCAAGUUUCGUAACGGAAUGGGUCGCACGAGAAAAAUAAGAUUACCAAUAAUUACUAUCGAAUAAACGCUAUCACGUAAAACGUACAUAUGCUACAUGUUCACUAUACAAGCUCCAACGCGACAUUCAAAUAUUAAAAACAGUAUAAACGAUUUCUUUCACCCUUUUUUAUUAAUUCUUAAAAUUCUUUAUAAAUAUUUGAAUCGAAGUGUUCCCAUUGUCGAUCGAUAAAUGUACCCACAAAUAUGAGAAAACUCGUAAUUUGCAUAUUCUAAUCUGCUUCGAGUGCAUAAUCCAUAAAAUACAAUUCAUACAUUAUUGAUCGAUCGAUAAUAAUGGGGAGUAAGAAGUGGAGAUCGAUACGAAAUAACGAGGAUGAUCGCUAUAACUAACAAAGACCCAGACCGUUUUCUCGUUCUGCAUGUUCGGCUGUAUAAACAUACGGACGGACAGCUUUUUGGGUCGCCUGAGGCGUCCUAUAAAUUUGCUUUCUUCUCGCAAGCAUUAGGAAAUACUGUUUUUUAUAUUAUAUAUAAAUAUAUAUAUAAAUAUAUAUACAAACGAACAGAUAGAUAUAUAUAUGUAUAUGUGUGUACGCGCGAGAAUACGUUGCACAACGGUGUUAAAAUAUUGAACAAGUUUCAGCUCGAACUAGAAAAGAGUGGCGCAAUAAAUAACACGGGGGAAAUAGCGAGAAGAUACAACGUGGGAUUAAAGUUAGAAAAAAAAAACAAAAACGUUUUAUGGGGAAUAUAAUCGGGAAUAACUGUGAAUAAUAACCGUGAAGAAAAUGAAAGAAAUCCAGGGUUUUGGGGGGAGAGAGUGAGUCGAAGAAUAGAUGGUACUGGAAAGAAGGAUAGGAGAUUAGUCGAACGAGACGAACGAUACGUUAGAAUAUCUACGAUUCAUGUGAUUGUAAAUACAUAGUAUAUAAAUAACAUAACGUUAAUUAACGAUAUGCCGUACGUGUUACAUUAAAGAAACAAACAAGAAAAAAAAAUAAAUAACGUUACUGUGUAAUUUUUCGGAUCGUAAACGCAUUCGAAUGGGUCUGGCCGCCCGUGCUAACCGGCUCGUUCAGAUCGUCUUUGAAGGCAACAGCUGAUUGUGAGAGCUACAUAGAAUUCACGAUCGAGAAUUCUCGUAAUGUUCGAUUCUCUUAAAUUACGCGGAUUUUGUAAUAGAUCGAUUGUCGCACCAUCACCAACUUCUGUUUAUUACCUCGAUCGAUAACCCUUGAACAUUUAUGUACAAUUUCCACGAACUCAUUAGAAUUUAUUGCAUAACAUGCUCAAGAGAUCCUCGAUUAAGCGAAGACGCUUGCAAAAAUAAAUAUAGUAGAACAGGAUGAAAACGAAGUGAGAAAGAAGAAAGAAAUCAACGGACGACAGUGCAGACUGCAAAAAAGGUAGAAGGAGAGGAAUAGAGGGUAGUACCGUCGCGCAUGCCUUUUCUGGCACAUCGGUGCAUCGAGCAACAAAAAAGGAGCGCAACUGUGUGCAGUAGCGUUUCUGGAUAGCACGGGCCGGCCACACGCGACUAGAUGUAACACUAAUUAACGCCUAGCGUAAGAACUAACGGAUAUAAAUGAAGGAUUAUAUUAUCUGACAUAAUAUAACCAGGUGUGAACGUACACGUGUAUAAUUGAAUUUUUCGCGGUAAUUGGUGACAGUACGUGCAUGAAAAAUUACACGCGUGUCAUAUAUGAGUGCAAAGAAACGAAUGAAAAAUUGGAAGCAAGAGAGAGCGUGUAUGUGUGUGUGUGCUUGCGUGCGCGUGUGAGUGUAUAGGUGAGUGUGUAUAUGCGACAAAAAAGGAACGAAAGGAAAUGAAAGUGAAGGAGAGAACGAGAGAAAGAGAGAAAAAAGAGCGUGAAUGGGUAAGUAAAAGAAAAAGAAAUGCAUACACACGCAAGGAGUAAAAAAAGGGUUGUUCGUUGGACUGACGCGCUAAGGCGUUGGUCGAAUGACGCACUUUAAGAUAAAAAGGGACGACCGGGAACAAUCCUUCUUGUAACGUUUCUUCCCUUUCUUCUUCCCGCGCCUCGCGAGGCCGCACGUGACGAAAGAUAAAAAGAAAGGGCUAAAGAUAGGGCUCACCUCGAGGCCACAAUUAAAGCUUGCCAGCUUCCUGCACUCUUUUUCUUCUUACAACAGCCGAGGCCUCCCCUCGCCAGGUGGAAGAAGGAAGUUGUAAUUUCCACGCUCGUCCUCGUCGCCCCUUUAUUAUAAUGUUGCUAACAAAGAGGAGACGAGAGAGAUAAAAAUGAUGAUGAUGAUGCUGGUGGUGAUUAUAUUAAUGAUGAUUUAAAUAAAAACGUUGUCUAAGGUAUACUAACGUCGUAGGCAGCAUUGAAUUUUUGUACCAUUGUCUAUAGUAGCUCUUAAGUGUCGCGAAUUUUUCUGUUCUUAAAAUGCUCGCCUUUGUAGGCUUGAGUACGUAUACAUACUUAUGUAUUCUCGGUUUUGUCGAUGGCUCGCUGGGCGGAUAUUGAUCUUCAUUCCUAGUGACGUCAAUCGAGAUUUUAAGUCGAUUAUUUGCGUCAAAUAUUUAUUCUGAAAUCAAAUUUAUAUCAGUGGUUCUUUGAUUAAAAUAUAACCUAAAUUUAAUUUAUAACAUUCUGAUAUAUUAAAUUGAAAUACGAAUUUAGGUUUUUGAUUUUUCUAAUUUAUUUCAAAUAUAUAUUUCUUUACAAUCAAGAAGAUAGAAAUGUAGACGAAAGUAUUUAUAGAGAACCACUGAUAGAUGUAUAAGCAAGAUUUAUACUGCCAAUCUAUAGUUCAUUAAUUUAAUGUUUGCUUCACAAUUCUUUCUGAAUUAUAUAAUGUUGAAGAAAGUUAGUUUUUCUUUAGAUAAAGAAUAAUUAUACUAUCUUCAUAAUCAAAAAUUAACUAUAUGUAUCAAAUCCGCCUCAGCGACAAAUACGUACCCGUUCCCGAGAGUCGCGGUACGCGAAUAUCGAAAGAUCCUUUUUCGUGUGAUGAUUGACCGUCCUGACAGUUCGUCGAUGUGCUCUUACGCGUAGAUACUCAAAGUUAGUUUUUUCGAUAGUAAGUAAUACGAGUAACAGAUGGCGAUGCGAUUCUACCGAAAAUAAAUCGGAACCAACGAGCCGAAAGUCAGUUUCGCAUGUGAAAUAAUUGCCGAUUCGAUUAUUAAAAGAAGAAAAGGAUAAACAUUAAAAAUAAUGCUAUUAGUGCGUUAUACGAUAAAAGUCGUGAUCAAUGGUGGAAACUGGAUUACCGGUAAGACAAUUUCAUAAAAAAAUAAAUUUUGUCAAAAGAAUAUUGUAUACUGAUACGGCGUGAACUAAUUCCCUGCAAAAUAGUGAAUAGGUUAUUGAUUUCGUGAAGUGAAGAGUGUGCAUGAAUGAUUAUUGUGAUUUUAACCCUCUACCGCUUAUUAUUAGUAAAAUAUGCUAUACUUGUUUGCGACGAUAUCUUGACGUCUUGUAAAUAAUUUUUAAAAUGAAACGCAAGUACGUAUUGUAGAAAACUUCUAUAUAACCAUAUAUCUAUUUGAUAUCUAACAAUGUGAUUAUAUUUUUCUUGAUUUCAUCCGUAUUAAUUUUAAUUUUCUUUCUAUCUUAACAAACCUACUUCUAUCACAAAUCUAUCAUUGCACUUAUAUGUACAUAAUCGUUUUAUUUUAUAUUCCAUUGUGUUUAUAUCUGUCGUACGUAGUAAUUGAUUCUGUAUAUAGAUGAACUGUAAAUGAGGCAAAAAAUAAUUUUAGCUGUAGAGGGUUAGAAAUAAAUAAAAGGUAUACAGUCGUCGAUCGAAACCCUCGGGACGGAGAAGAUUUUAUCAAUCCCUCAUUAUCGGCGAUAUAUUAAUAUACGACUCGUCGCGCUUUCCUUGUUACACGACUAAUAAAUAGGUAGCCAUUGAGGCUCCUGACUACUCAUUGAUAUCCGCGGUUCUUCGUUCGUCAAGAAUACACAACGAAGUUUCAACAAACUUGCAAGAUAAUAGAAUGACUUCUGUUCGAUGGAAAAAGUGAAAGAUUUAAUUUAUCAGGAGUCUCGAUCGCGGCAGGAGAAGAUCAAUCUAUCAUGAACGUGUUCAGUUUUCAGAGAAACCUCCCAUAACGAUAGUUACGUUUACAAUGCGCGACAGAUCACACGUAGCAAUGGGUCUAAUUAAUCGUUAACGCGUGCCGUUUGCCGGUUCGAACGUUCGACGAAGCUGAUGACAAUUUAAACCACACGCAACGUACAAUCGAUUUAAGAUGUAAACGAUCGAAGGAAAAAGAAGUGUAUAUCGAGGAGAUAAAAUGAUAAUCGACGGAGAGGAAAAUGAAUGAUGAAAGCGUUUGUCGAGCGCCCGAAUAAGCGAACAUCGAUUUAAAAUAAACGUAAAUAAAUUAAAUGAAAACAGAACUCGAAAAUAAAGAAAAUAAUAAAAUGUCCCUCAAAUUAAGCCUCGUCUCGCAGAUUCCCUAAUGUACACCUUGAGCGCUUUAGGAUAAAUCGGAAUAGACUUUAACGAAUCCGCGAGAUGAUGCCGAGGAAAAAACUGCGUGGAUGUACGAAGGAUGACGAGCGGGAAGUACGAACGCGUAGCUGCUAUGUGUGCGUGAAGAAAAUGAUCGGGUUGAGAGAAAGAGAGUGAGAGAGCCGGAGAGAAAGAUAAUAAAAUCAAUGUUAAACCGAUCAUUACCAAUUUACAAUUCUGAGAGACACAUCUUCGUUAUUCGCCAUUUUUCUGCAUAAGUUCAAUCUCAGUUUCAAACGUUGGACGCUGCCCUCCCGCCGGCAUAGAUCACAACUGAAUCGACCGAUGCUUGUGUGAAUUUUUUUCUUUUCUGAAGAGUUAAGAGCUAAUGAAUUAUUAGAGAUAUUCAAACAUCAGUGCGCAGGACAUUUUUAAUGCAUCGGAACGUGACCAGAAGCAAGCGUUAUCAUCAAUGGGGCAUCGUCCACACUGAAAUAUACAUUACACACGAAGUUUCAGCGUUUCCGUUUUUUCAAAAUAUCGUGACGGCAGGGACGAGGAGAACAGUCCCGUUCUAUGUGUGUAAGAACCAUAAAGCUUAAUGAAGAACAUUAUACUAUGAACUUACGGGAUACUAAAUAAAAGUAAGCCAAACCGUUAACAAUUGUAA